ACAGACAGACAGACAGACAGAGAAAGAGAUGGGCGUGCAGGUUCGUUGCUUGGAUGCUCGAAUAAUGGCCACAUUGCUGAUGUGGUCACUAAUUGUGACAAUGAUCAACGGAGGCUUCCCCGGCGGUGCAAUCAUCUCUGCCCUCAAUCCAAUGUGCGCUGCCUCCAACGUAUGGUUUUGUAGUGUGACCGAUUUCGAUAUACCUCGGACCGCCCAACAAAAAAUACUAAAGAGCCUCACAACCGUUACAAAGUGCACUGCGGUCUAUGAGGACGACAAUCAUGCUACAGGAGCAGUACCAAUCGCCUACAAACAUUCUUCUUGUGCUGAUGGCCAUGAUCCCAGCAAUGAUAUCAACUGCGGUAAUUGCUUAAAAAGAGCGACUGUUCUGAUGAACAAAAAUUGUCCGAGCAAAGAUGGAGCUCAGUUCGGGACAGAGGAGUGCUGUGCUAGGUAUGAACAGGUCAACUUUUGCGGAGCUUAAUUAAUCAAGAAAUGCUAGCUGUUGUGUAUGUUGUCCGAGUAAAUUGUUACCCGCUAGUCAGGGUUUGUGUUAACAAAGGCGCCUAGUCAAUUUACGUGCUUCAUCGAAGGAAGCUUCCCAUUCGCGGCGAUCUUGGAGGUGGACUUUUCCCGCCUUUUUAUGUCCUUUCUGUCUGUACCGUGUCUUCUUCUCCGUAUUUUAGUUUAUUAGCGUCGCUCUUGUAAUUGGGUCGUUGUUCCAUGUCUUUGGACUCGGCUUGGUUAAAAGAAAAAAAUUAACUCCUCAUCGAUAUAUGUAACUGGCAAAGAAAUACGUCAUAAAAAAACUACAAGUUAUUAAAACAAAUGACUAUCCAAUCUACACAA